AUGGAUGUCCCACGGGAUGCUUUUCCCUUUCAUCUAGCCAAUAUUCUUCAUGACCUUACCACCUGUUCAUUUGUGGCGAUGGAUCUGGAGCUUUCUGGUAUCCCUGCGCAUUCAAGCGGAGCACCUUACACCGGGAUGCAGACGCUCCAGGAACGCUAUGCUCAGACCAAAGAGGCGGCGGAGAGAUAUCAGGUCUUGCAGAUCGGCCUCACCAUCGCACAUGAAGAUGUGGCAACAGCGAUCGAGUUUUUGAUGGCAAACAAGUUUCGCCUGCAGACUCCUUUCGAAGAAGGUGUCUACUACAUCUCGAGGGACGAAGAGAAACGGGCAAUGGCCAAGGCAUUGCAAAGACAAGACCGAGCGGUUGAGAGAUCUCUGAUCGAUGUUCGAGAAUCUGAUACGGAGUCGCUGGAAUUUCUUGGGACUGUUCGACGAGCCAUCGAUGCUUGGCUUGCUAAGGGCAAGCGGGCAGAUGAUUAUCUCAACAUUCCACCUCCAGCUCGCGAGAAAAAAGUUCGCGGAUCGAAUCCUCCAUUGACGGUCCUGAAUAGGUUCCAGAAAAGGCUGGUUCACCAGCUCGUCCAGUCAGAAUACCCUUCUCUCGUGACCAUUGGAAAGCCAGGUUUUGUCCAGAUCAUCCGCUAUGAUGAAGUCCGCGAGGAAGCAGUUAAAAUGGAGAGGAUGCGACGGACUGAAGAGCGGAUUCUACGACAAACGGGGUUUAGAUGGAUUGCCGAAGCGCUGACAGGGGGAGAUUUAUCAAAACUAGAUCCUAAAACGUUUUCACACCUCGUGGUGGAUUUGAAAGGGAUGAAGAAAGAAAAAGCCGUGGAGGAAUUUGCCGAGAGUAUCAAGCAGCGGUUAAAAGUCAGAAGACCUACUUUGGUCGGCCACAACCUCUUUCUCGAUCUCAUCAACUUCUGCCAAUGCUUCUUCGGAAAUCUUCCUGAGCGCGUGGAGGAUUUCCAGGACAUGGUUCAUGAGAUGUUUCCCAUCCUCAUCGACACGAAAUACAUGGCUACUCAUGAGUGUGGCUCUAUCAUCCCAAGCUCUUCAUUGGCAGAGAUCAAUGACGCCUUGAAAGAGAAGACGAAACCGGAAAUUGUCGUCGAUCCCCAGCACAGCAAGUACGAAAGCCAGGAACUGUUCCAUGAGGCAGGCUAUGACAGCAUGCUCACCGCGAAAGUGUUUAUUAAGCUAUCCGCCCAGCUAUGCCAGGAAGACUCUGGUGUCGAAGUUGACAAGCACAAGCCUACAUCUAUCAAAGCUAUCGACACACACGAAGGGCUUCAUCCCGAAAUUUCCAAAACGCCAGGGAGGAAAGGCGAGAAAGUACAGGAACACCUUGAGCCACCGAGGCAGGAGCCUGCUAAAAUCCCCAAGGCCGAGACAAGAUUUGCACAUCGUACCAAAUUCGAUCUUCUCACUGACACUGUUGAAACUGUUGACUCUGAUGAAACAGAAAUUGGUCGCAGUUCUGACCUUUCAAGCACAGAAGAGGACGGCGAUAUCGCGCAAAAAAUCAAGAAUGGGGAACUUAUCCCUCGUUUCGGAUCGGCAUUCUGGAAUGUCUACGGGAACAAGCUCCGCGUGUUUGGAACUGAAGAAAGAGUUUGUGUGCUUGGAAGCACUGCUGGGCCGAAGAAGACCCCGGCCCGGUGA